CGAGGCAAGUCCCGCCGGUAUUUCCUAAACUCCGUUGAAUCAUUUAAGUUCUCCCUCUGCUUGUAAAAUCCCACGUCUGUGUAUCAAUCUAGAUAGAUACGCAGGUCGCCAUUACCCUAUAUGACAUUAGCAUCUUAUUGCUGAGUGACUGCGCGUUGUCCCGUCAAUUUACAUUUGCUACAAAGUCGCACUACUUUGCCAACCCACUUUCCCUUCGAGCUGUACGACUUGGCACGGGAAGCACGGCACUUAUUCACAGACGCUAUGGCUGCUGGCAGCUUGACACUUCAAACAGCCAUUCAAGGCGCAAGCAAUUCGGUGGCCGUUAUUGUGCCUUCGCGAGGCCAAGCCUUGACAAUCACCUACGGGGACCUCAUAUCCGAAGUCUCUUCGUUCCAACGGAAGCUCGCCGCUAUCGGCAUCGCGAAAGGAUCACCCGUCUCAAUUGCCAUUGUCAACUCGUAUGAAUUCAUUGUCUCGUUCUUGGCAGCAUCAUGGCAGCGUGGGAUCGCCGCCCCGUUGAAUCCCGCCUACAAGCAGGAGGAGUUCGAGUUCUACAUUGAGGAUGUCAAGUCGGCCAUUGUCCUUGUGCCCAAAGGCGCCUACGAGAGCGGCAGCCCGGCAGUGCGCGCGGCAAAGAAGUUUAAUGCCGCCAUCGCCGAGUGCUACUGGGACGCUGCGAGCAGGGAGGUAGCCCUUGAUGUCAAGGAACUUGGCCAGCUCCAGGGCAAGCCCGCACAGCCCCAGCUGAAGCCCGACCCCGAAGACAUUGCUUUGGUCCUGCACACCAGCGGCACCACUUCGAGGCCCAAGGUGGUGCCCCUCUCCCAUCGGAACUUGACAAGGACCAUGAGGAACAUCCAGCAGACCUAUCAGCUCACUGCCGCCGACCGGACCAUGCUCGUUAUGCCCCUAUUCCAUGUCCACGGUCUCCUCUGCGGCCUCCUCGCUCCUCUGCUCUCAGGCGGCUCCAUGGUCGUCCCUACCAAGUUCUCAGCUUCCGACUUCUGGCAAGACUUCAUCGCCCACAAAGCAAACUGGUACACGGCUGUCCCCACGAUCCACCAAAUCCUGCUCAAGAACCCAGCCCCGAACCCCCUUCCCAAAAUCCGCUUCAUCCGCUCCUGCUCCUCGCCUCUCUCCCCAACCGUCUUUCACGCUCUUGAAAAGGCGUACAACGCCCCAGUCCUGGAGGCAUACGCCAUGACCGAAGCCGCCCACCAAAUGACGUCCAACCCUCUCCCGCCCGCGAAGCGCAAGCCCGGCACCGUCGGCAUCGGCCAGGGUGUCGAGGUGGUCAUUCUGGACGACGCGGGCAACCCCGUGCCGCAGGGCAAGGAAGGGGAGAUCUGCAUCCGCGGGGAGAACGUCACGCGGGGCUACCUCAACAACCCGGAGGCCAACAGGACCUCCUUCACCAAGGACGGCUACUUCCGCACCGGCGACCAGGGCAAGAAGGACGAGGACGGGUACGUGGUCAUCACGGGCCGCAUCAAGGAGCUGAUCAACAAGGGCGGCGAGAAGAUCUCGCCCAUCGAGCUGGACAAUGUGCUCACGCGGCACCCGGCCGUGUCCGAGGCCGUGAGCUUUGCCAUUCCGGACGACAUGUACGGCCAGGACGUCGGUGUGGCGGUGGUGUUGAAGCCCGGACAGAAGCUGGGUGAGGCGGAGCUGAAGGGAUGGGUGGGCGAGAAAUUGGCCAAGUUCAAGGUGCCGAAGAAGGUCUACUUUACCGAUGUCAUGCCCAAGACGGCCACUGGCAAGAUUCAGCGGCGCAUCGUUGCCGAGACUAUGCAGAAGCAGGAAACCAGGGCAAAGCUGUAGUCGCUUUUUGGGCAGUACUACGUUUUUCACGACUUGAUUGUACAGACAGUCAGACUGUUCUAUGGUAGUACAUAUGAGAUGAAGAUAUACUAGCGAAUGAAUUGCGUACCAUCCUUAGGCCAUGUCAAAGGCCACGGUCAACUUUC